UUAGUGAGCUCCAGCAGUGACACAGGAUGCUACUGAUCAUCACAAUCAUCUGUUUGGCUUUCAAAGCCCAAGCCUCUGAGAUAAUCUUUGAUGGGGGAAACACAGCCAAGUAUGGAGAGGAAGCAAUCUUCACCUGUACACUCCCAGACCCUAAAGGUGUAUUGCAGGUCACUUGGCAGCGGGGCCUUAAACCUGAGUCAUUGGAAAACCUAGCAACAUAUAGCAACCGUUUUGGGAAGCAAGUAAAUGAACCUUUUAACGAGAAAGUGAGCUUCAGAGAAUCAACUCUAAGCACGUCAUCCAUUAUCCUGAAGAACAUAACCUGGGAAGAUGAGAACUGUUAUGUUUGUUCUUUCAAUGCCUAUCCCGAUGGGUCCAAAAGGAAGCAAAUGUGCCUAACUGUGACAGGAGUAUUGGAGUUCACAUCCGCACAACAGUCAAGCGUCCUUCGUGAACAGAAAAUAAGAAAGGAAGUGCUCAGCUGUUCUGCCACUGGGAAACCUGCACCGACAAUUACCUGGGAGAUCCCCAUCAACAUCUCCAAAAAUGCCGUCCCACAGAAAGAUACGGACAGGAAGAGUGAUGGGACUUUUAUCCACAAUACCAGCAUUGCAGUGGACAUACCUGCAAUCUGGACAGGACAUAUAGACUGUGUGCUAAAUAAAGGACAGCCAGGGGAACAGCGGAAAACAUUUGAUUUCUCUUCAAUAGAGCAGGAGGAAGGUAAUCAGUCACCGAUUAUUCUCAUCAUCGCAGUUCUACUUAUCAUUAUCUGCAUUGCUGGUGUUAUAGUUUUGAUCCUUCACAAAGGGAGUUCAAAGAGAAGAAGCAACAAUGAUCAAACUAUAGUUUGAUCCGCUUUAAGGAGCAGAGCAUUCCAGCAUUACACCAG